AUGGCAGGAGUCAUCGGCAUUGCCGAUCUGAACCAUGAUCAUGUGGCUCCCUUCAGAUCCAUCAUCCCUUUUGAGAAUGACUUCAGAAAUUUGCUCAAAGAGAAAGAGGAGGAGUUUGCUGAUAUCGCUGCAAAUGUCCCCGACCAUCCCGCUGUGCGGCGCAAGAAGCAAUUUCUUCCCACGAGACUGGCAUACUCUCUGGAUACCCCGAAUGAGACUAUCUCAAACGAUGACAUAGAUCGUGCAAGGAUUCUUCUUGACGGUCUCCGGGCGCUGGUGAAAUUUUUGGAUACAGAUCUUCAAGAUCUCGUCAGGUCGUACAGGGGCUUGGAGCGCGGCCGUCUUGACAGCAGCAUCACAAGGUUGCCAUUCUCGUAUCUUUGGUACUUGUUCAAACCCGGCCAGGAGGUUGUUACCAGGCAUCCAAAGCGUCAAGUCUACCGCGUGCUACAAGUCUGUGGCGGGAGGAAGUCAUUGGUACCGAGGGCUGAGUCGAAAACACCUUUUCAAAAAACUGUUUCGGACCUCGUUAUCGAUUGCUUCUACCUGGACUUUGAUGGCAAACAAUUUGGGCCAAUGCCCCAUACAAUUUCUAUCAGGCCAUACGAUGACCUCCUUCCUGUCAGCAAUCUACCUGUCUACCCGCUCAUAUAUGAGGAAGAACCGAUCAAGACUUCACUCAUCGCCAGAGGCAAGAAGUUCGAAGAACUAGCGCACGUAAGCCAUCGCAGAUAUAAAGGGCUUAGCCUAAAAGAGGACGAUUUAUUUGACAGAAUAGAGGAGAUUGACAGCGAUGUCAUGAUAGAUUUCGACCUUGCGUUCCGGAACAGUGAGCCAAAAAUACCACUGCCCCAGUUCGGGGGUGGUAUCAUUGUAAGCCCAACGAACGAAGACGAUGAAGAAACAAAUGAGCCCCUGAAACGCGAUUCCCAUUACUCCCGGAUAUGGUAUGACGACGCGGAGAUCCUCAAGUCAAGAUGGUCUCAAUUUACUCACAACACGGACCUUCUCCAAACUCACUUACCGGGUGCUUUGACGGAGAGUCGUCACUUAUUGCUUCCCCCUAGAGUCUACGGAUACGUGCUCCUUAGCCGGAAGUGGUAUCCCCUUGAUAUCAAUCUGGUCAAGAUGGUGCCAAAGUUAGAGGCGGGCGAGAAAGAUGGGUUCGAGAAGCUUGUUUUGCCACCUGGUCACAAGGAUAUUGUGCGCGCCCUUGUGAGGACUCAUGCUCGACAGAUCGCUGCAGAUGGUACUACAGAGGUCAGACAGUCAAAGAGAGAAUUUGAUGUCGUCAAAGGAAAGGGAAGAGGCCUCAUCAUCCUUCUGCAUGGAGCCCCAGGAGUAGGAAAAACUUCGACUGCGGAGUGCGUCGCUGCCAACGCUGGCAAGCCGCUGCUUCCUAUCACUUGCGGUGACCUUGGAGGAAAUACAGCUCAGGAGGUUGAAAAUAACCUCGAGAAAUUCUUCGACCUUGCGAGGAAGUGGAACUGCGUUUUGCUGUUGGAUGAAGCCGAUGUCUUUCUCAGUGCGCGAGAAAAGGGAGAUAUCAGACAGAACAGUCUUGUCUCAGUGUUCUUGAGAGUUCUGGAGUAUUAUUCUGGGAUUCUCAUCUUGACGACGAACCGAGUCGGCUCUUUCGACGAGGCCAUCAAAUCUCGCGUUCACUGUGCUCUAUACUAUCCACCCUUGGACGAGGACCAGACUUUCCAGGUCUGGACGAUGAAUCUGGACGCUCUCGAGGAUCGCAACAAGAAGUCAGAUGGCAAAUUUCGUGUACGAUUUGAUCGCAAGGAGAUUGAGGACUAUUCCCGUCGACAUUGGAAGAAAAAGAAGGGAGGAUCGAGAUGGAACGGGAGACAAAUCAAGAACGCCUUUCAGACUGCCGUUGCACUCGCUGAUUGGGACAACAUCAAAUACUCCGGCGAUGACGGCCACCCUGACGGGCCACUACUAGAAAGGAGACAUUUUGAGACAGUUGCAACAGCGAGCGACCAUUUCGAUAAAUACCUGGGAAAGGUCCGUGGAGGGGACGAUGAACGAGCCAAGGGGUCGGAAGUCCGCCGCGACGACAUCACAAACGAUCUGGACGAUGAACCGGGCUCGACGAAGAAGAAGCCCAAGAACAAAAGGUCUUCCAAGAACAAGACCAAGCCCAAGUCUCCCGAACCGUCGGAUGACAGCUCUUCUGAGGAAUCCUCCUCGGAGAGUGAUUCUUCCACCAGUGGCAGUGGAAGCGAGACAGAGGACGCAGUGCCAAAACAGCCCCCGGCGCCACCUCCUGAGAUCCCGAAGAAGAAAUCAAGCAAGAAGAAACAUCGCAAGGAAUGA